AUGGGUUGCGGAAUGAGCACGGAGGAGAAGGAGGGCAAGGCCCGCAACGAGGAGAUCGAGAACCAGUUGAAGCGCGACCGCAUGCAACAGCGUAACGAGAUCAAGAUGUUACUUCUGGGUGCUGGUGAAUCCGGAAAGUCCACCAUUCUGAAGCAGAUGAAGCUCAUCCACGAGGGAGGCUAUUCGCGCGACGAGCGAGAAUCGUUCAAGGAGAUCAUCUUCAGCAAUACUGUUCAGUCGAUGCGCGUUAUUCUCGAAGCUAUGGAGUCCCUGGAACUUCCUCUCGAGGAUCAGCGGAUGGAGUACCAUGUCCAGACCAUCUUCAUGCAACCCGCCCAGAUCGAGGGCGACGUGCUCCCUCCCGAGGUUGGCAGCGCCAUCGAGGCCCUUUGGAAGGACCGCGGUGUGCAGGAGUGUUUCAAGCGAUCCCGGGAAUACCAAUUGAACGACUCGGCCAGAUACUACUUUGAUAAUAUCGCCCGCAUCGCCGCCCCCGACUACAUGCCCAACGACCAGGACGUCCUGCGCUCUCGUGUCAAGACGACUGGUAUCACGGAGACGACCUUCAUUAUUGGUGAUCUCACUUACCGAAUGUUCGACGUGGGAGGUCAGCGGUCUGAGCGUAAGAAGUGGAUUCACUGCUUCGAGAAUGUGACCACCAUCCUGUUCCUUGUCGCCAUAUCCGAGUACGACCAGCUGCUGUUCGAGGACGAGACCGUCAACCGUAUGCAGGAGGCCCUGACCCUGUUCGAUUCGAUCUGCAACUCCCGCUGGUUCAUCAAGACCUCCAUCAUCCUGUUCCUGAACAAGAUUGAUCGCUUCAAGGAGAAGCUGCCUGUCAGCCCUAUGAAGAACUACUUCCCCGACUACGAGGGCGGUGACGACUACGCAGCUGCCUGUGACUACAUCCUCAACCGGUUUGUCAGCCUGAACCAGCACGAGACCAAGCAGAUCUACACACAUUUCACUUGUGCAACGGAUACAACACAAAUUCGUUUCGUCAUGGCUGCGGUCAACGACAUCAUCAUUCAGGAGAACCUGCGUCUUUGCGGUCUGAUCUAG